AUGCAUGUCCCAUGCUUCGCGACCGGGAACUUCAAGCCACAUCACUUGUUUCUGGAGGAUGCAGAGUACGGCCGCGCACUAGAUGCCCUGGUGAAAGCGGUGUCGGACAUUCUCGUCACUUCACCGGACGGUUCUCAUGUUUUCCUGGGCAAGCGCAAGGUGCAUCCGCAGCCAGACUGGUGGUUCAUUGGUGGCCGUGCCAAGCCAGGGGAGACGCCGCAGCAGGCAGCUUCACGGAAUCUCCGACGAGAGUUGGGUUUGGAAGUUCCCUCAUCGCGCCUGAAGGUUAUCGGCUGCUACUCCCUGACAUGGGCCAUGCGUGCUCAGGCUCCUGCAGACCACGGCACAGCUGACAUCUCCAGCGUGCACUGCAUGGUCUUGCAUCCGGAGGAGGAGAGACAGCUGAAGAUUGAUGAGGAGGAAUAUGCAGACCUUCGGUGGCACACCAAGCAAGAAGUAUUGACUGGUGAAUUCCACCCUGUGCUCAAGCAGGCAAUACGCGAUCUUCAAGUGCACGAGCUGCAGAAGCGGAUGGAAGAGGCGGUUGAGAGAGAAGUGGAGGAGGCUGAGCUCGCGGCAUUGGCUCGUAUAUAUGUGGCCGCGGUCAAGGAGGCUUCGCAGUUCGACAGGGGCGUGCUCCGCGUGGACUUCGAUGAGCAAUCGCGCAGCUAUGUGGCAUCAUGCCUGUCGGGCUGA